CCUCUUUAGCACUUAGCUGUUUGUCUACAGUACUUAAUCGUUGUACCGGGAUGUCAAGAUAUUUGGUGGCCUUGAUAGCAGACGAGAUGCAAUUGACCUCUGACCUUUGGUGUUCAGAAGUGUCAUGUAGAAUUAACCUCGCCAGUCAGUGUUUAGAGGACGGAAUGCGUAUCAUUGAUUAUCCAGUUGCCAUAGAAACGCAAUCAAAAUUAAUUUGCAGGGGUGUUAAGUCAUCGUUAGCAUGCAUUACCAAUAACACUGACCUUUGCGAGCUCGACACUAUACCACAAUAUCUGUCAAAUGGCUUUAUGCAAUUGUAUCAGUUCUCGGCUGCUUUCUGUGCAAGCGAAACCGGAAAUGGGGUGACUUCCGGUUUGCCACGUGACCUUAUUGCGCCAGUAUACCUGGCAGCUUUGACAGCUAGCGAAUGGACAUCAGUAAAUGACAUGUGCAGUGUGUACAACGCGACAUUAAGAAUGGCUGCCACAGAGAGAAUCUCCAUGGCAACAAACAUCGAGCAUUUGUUGACAUGGCAACAGGUAACAAGUAUCAGUCUAGAUAAAUUGUCAGAUAUGUGUCUCAACAAUCAUUCUUACAACUGUCAGUGGGUCGAAGUAUUAGCCAAUCAGAAUCCAGUAUGUGAUGUUGAAACAGCGAAACAAUGUGUUGAUAUGGUCUUGCUGAGCAAAUUAACAGUUGACGUCAUUCUGAUGAGGUCAUCAUGGCAGACAGUCUGCUCGGUUGCCUACGACAUGCUGGCAUGUGCACAGUAUCAUACUCGAGCUUGUGUCACAUCUGACCUCUCAGAGAUUCUUCAGGCAACACAAGAGGUCGAGAAUCUUGUAGGUUAUGAAUGCAAUCAGCUAGGAGCAUCCGGGUCACAAGAGGUCUGUGAUGUCGAGCACAAAUUUUGUGACUCUGCCAAUGCAGUACAUGAGUGCAUUAUGGUGGCAUAUGGGUUAACAGAUCGUUGCAAAGAGCAAGAAAAAAUAUACAACUGUUUUAAGAAUCAUCUGCAUGCCUGUAACUCUAUUCAGAAAGUCCCAGCUCAGUUCACAUUUGAGUGGUUGUUGAACAAUUGCUCAACUAAUCUGACAUUGCUGGAGGAAGACAUGUACGUUGGUGUCAGUCAGUGCAAAUUACGUUAUGGCUAUAACAUAUUCAAUGGUCUGCUGACCUAUUCAGAUUUCAACUCUAUGAUUUGCGCUGUGACGUCAUUGUACCGACAGUGUUUAGCCGACCAAUCAUUUCCAAGUUUGGCAACGCUCUACAUGCAGGAAGUAGACGAUUUCUUUUCAUUCAUGCAGCAGACGACAUGUAAUAACACACAAUCCUCAUCUGAUAUCUCUACAGUAGCAGAAUCCAACGAGUGUAGUUUCGUUGAGACGGCCGGAACAGUCACUCUGAGUAUAGAAUUUUACAGUAACUUCCCUUUCAUGAGUUUAAAUGACCAGGAAGUUGUCUGCAGAACAUAUCCAUCUUUCAAAGACAUCUGGGUUUCUAGGGCAACUUCUUGUACAGCCAGACGACAAAAACUCAUAUCAGACGCUAUAGUCUAUUUCAACACAAUGCACGAUUCGUUAUGCUCUGUUUCACGUGCUGAUGUUCCAAGAUCUUGCGACGAAACAAGGGCCAACAUUUGUUUAGAAGACUUUGGGUCUUUUACAUACUUUGCAACAAAAAACUCUGAUGUUUGCGGCAAGCUUGAAGAUACGUAUAACUGUCUAAUGGAAAGCACAACCGGAUGUGACGAGUCAACCCAUAAUGCAUUACUGCAGGAAGUUAAGACAAUGCAUAGCAUGUUGGGUAAUGUGACGUGCCCAAAGAUGCAAUGGUGUACGACAGUAAACGCCACAGACUUAUUUCCAUGGCAACGAGAGAUUUGUUCAGAAUGGAACAAAUGUCUAAUAUUUGAUUGGAUGUCAUGCGUGGACCAAUUCAACUUACAAUUUAGUUGCCAAUCUAGCACUGAAGGUAUAGAUUGUAUAGAACAAAAGUUGUCAUCUUGUGACCCGCUCCAGAUCCUCUUAGCCAAGUCAGAGAUAUCUGCGUGGGUUCAACAGAAUUCAGCGUGCAAUGUUGUACCCAGUGACCCACCGGCUGUGACACAAGUGUACAGAAAUAUAUAUGAAUGUUCAUCAUACAUUUCCAUGGCAACCGAAAUAUCAAAGCAAGCGCUGUGUUUUAUGAUAAACCAAUACAUCAAUUGCCUGGCCAGCUUGGAUCAGUCCGAAGUACGACGUGUUUGGAAAAGGUUUCCCCUUGAGGGAAGGGCCAACUGUGGGGGAAAAGGGGCUGUAAAAUGGACGUAA